CAUUCUGUAGUCCUGAUUGACAUUCCUUCUGGAUGUUGUUUUAUUUUACAUAAAGCUAACAGCAGCUGGUAUAAACGAUAGUGACGCUUAUGCAAAACGAAGUUGGAACAACAUUUUCAUCGUGGCACACUUGAGAAAAGCUUUUUAUAUUAAAAAACGUUACGACUCGGACCAAAAAUGGGCUUCGCUGUGGCUUUGCAUAAGCUUGGAGUUAUUUUGUUUGCAAUGUGGGUUUGUUUUGGCCGUCAAAACUUCACAGCAUCGAAGAGUUUGAUAAAACAUGGUGAUGUUAAUCUUCAAGGACUKUUUCCCAUUACAUAUCGCGAUGGAGAGGUUUGCCAAGGUCUUAACAAAGAAGGAGUGCUUUGGGCAAUGGCGAUGAAAUUCGCAGUCGAUUCAAUUAACAAUUCAACUCAGCUUCCAAAUGUAACACUCGGUUAUAAAAUCGACAACACUUGUCAUCAUAUACCAACAUCAAUGCACAAUGCGAUUGAAAUCGUCGCUAAAUACCGUCCAAAUUCGGUGUGCUACCCACAAGAUCUUUACUGCCAAGAGGGUUCAAAUGGAGUGGAAAAGAUCUCGGCUGUUAUUGGUCCGGCAUUGUCGYGGAUUGCCAUUCCAAUCGCUAGUCUWCUCGGGUUGUAUGAAAUACCACAAAUCAGCUACGCGGCGACUAGUCGUAUUUUAAGUGACAAAACAAGAUAUAACUCAUUUCUACGGACGGUUCCGUCGGACGAGCACCAGGCCAAAGCCAUGGCAGAGUUCGUUCAUAAAUUUGGCUGGAAUUACGUCUUUCUCAUAGCAUCAGAUGAUGAUUAUGGCAAGAUGGGUGCUGCAAAGUUUAAAAACACAGCAAAGAGUUCGAACGUAUGCAUUGCGAAUGAUGAAUACAUUCCCUUCACAUCCRACAUGUUGGAUGAUUACAUACGGAACACGUUGAACACCUUGAAAUCCUCUUCGAGGGCGAAGGUCGUCAUUGUCUUUACCUAUGCMAACCAAGGAGAACUUUUGCUCAAAGAAGCCUCUAGAAUGAACAUAACCGAUCGAACWUGGAUUGCAAGCGACGGUUGGAGCUCGGUGACUGAGUUCAAACUCCCUAAGAGCUUACUGGAAGGGAUAAUAACUUUUUCCAUUCGCUCCAAGAAGGUGGACGCGUUUGUUGACUAUAUAAAUGAGUUGCAGAUUAAAGACGCAAAAAAMAUCCCUUGGUUUUUAAAAUACAUGGAAAACGUACUGAACUGCGUUUACGGAAAUGAUACACAAGGUACAAAGAGGAAGUGCCUUCCAAAUGAGACGCUAUCCGCAAAUCAUACGUUUUCUGACGAAGGGAUCGCAAAUGUGAUUGAUUCCGUMAACGCAACCGCAAACGCUCUUGCARCCAUCCUAGGUUGUGGGAAAGGAAACAUUUGUAGRAAUAAAAACAAUGAUAUCAAACCACUGGAGCUAUUGGAGAUAAUAAAAAAUUCCAGCUUUCUAGGGGUGGAYAAUACRAAGGUAGAGUUCAAUAAAGAUGGCGACCGUUCCUCAAGUGGGUAUACGAUUAGAAAUGUCCAGGUACAAAAUGGUAAACUUGUUUAUGUUGAUGUGGGCCACUGGUCAGAAGUUCAAAAAAAGACUUUUUUUCAGGUCAAUACGUCGUUGAUCAAGUGGAAUAAUGGAAUUAGACCUCAAUCCAAUUGCUUUCGACUUUGCCAGCCUGGAGAACGUAUAGUAGGUCAGACAGAGUGCUGUUGGAACUGCCAGAAGUGCGAGAAGGGAACAUUUAGCUCUAUUCAAGGUGCGUCGACAUGCAMAAAAUGUAAUGAAACUCAUUAUACAAACUCGGAGARAACAAUCUGUCUUGCUCGUGUGGUGGUCUACAUGUCCUUACACGACCCUGCGGGGAUUUCGAUUUUAUCAAUUAGUAUUCUUGGUAUCGUCAUAACUUCAGCUAUCGCCGGAAUCUUCKUACGACAUCGUGGCACCCCAAUCAUCGCGUCGUCAAGUUUGUUCCAUCWUGUAACAUUCUUCUUGACAUUGUACGUCUCCUUUUUCUAUGCGAUGUCCWUCGCUGUCAACAAACCUUCCAACUCCACGUGCAUCGUMAUCGAGUCGAUUCUAGAACUCAUGAUCAUGCUUUAYUCWUCCUUUCUCUUGUCAAAAACUCGAAUCGURAACAAAGCAACUCUGUCAGCGCUUAAACAAGUGAAAGCCAUGCGCCAAGAAUGGAGUCACGUGAUUGUGAUAGUCUCUUUAAUGGUGUUGCAGUUGAUACUGAUUAUCGUGCGUCAGUGUGUUACGCCKUCUCACAUUCAYUACGUUAAUCAAGAUAAAACACGAUUACUGGAAUGCGAACCGAUCUUCUCUUCACUACGCGUGCUCACCAUCACUGUCCCUUCUUGCAUACUCAUGAUAUCGACGUUCAUAUCGUUCCGAGAGCGGGAUAUCCCGGACAACUUCAACGAGGCAAAGUUCAUUAGCUUCACGACCAUUCUGUUGUGCAUAAUCUUCAUUUCUUUCAUUUCUACGUAYAGAUACGUAAGUGGAAUAAGUCGCAUUCUGGUCUUGACAUUCACGACGUUUGUCGCUGCGUUUUCAGCAAUGGGUUGCAUAUGUAUACCAAAGUUAUACAUAAUUUACAUGCAUCCAGAGCGGAAUAUCAACAGCGAACAAUCGUCCAUUGACAGCACCGCGUCAGAACAGCCAAUCCCGUCAGCACGGACAUCGGUAUCAGAMGGACCGUCACCUGACUUGAACUCAAACAUGAAGUCUGCAGCCAGACCCGACGARCUCAAUUUCUCUGGYGUCAACAGUACGUAUUUGACGUCAUUCCUGAACUAUGCCGUAGAACCUGGGGACGARUCAACCGAAAAUGAAACUGUAAAUCAAGUCAAAGAUUCAGCCAAUCACGCCAAAAAGAAAGAUUCCGGCGAUAAUGCGGARAGCAACCGACAAAAAUACGUCCGAAAGAAGUCGGCCGGACGGAAGUUAGAACCAAACAAUCAGCAUGUCGAAGGAAAACAAGUAACCAAUGAGGUCCAAGAAAAGCAACCAACAAAUGGAAGGAAGAAAUCCAGAAACCACGUGACUUUUGAGUUGUCAACUUUACCGGAAAUAGUAGAGGAUAGUAAAUACCCGGAUGUUGACGAGCAAAAUACGAACUUAGGGUGCACUGAUGACGAUUUAG